CUCUCACUCAAACUUAUUCAUUUGGAGAAAGCAACUCUUUUUUUCAUUUUGGCUCCAAGAAGUGAAGAUAUGAUGAUGUUAGUAGCUCCAAUUGCUCUUCUGGUUGUUCUUUCAUUAAUUAUUUCUUGUUCUCCCACCAUUCUUACUCCUAGUCUACCUCUCGACGAAGUGGAAGGCUUAGAGUACGUGGGAAAGAGGCUGGGAAAGAGGGACUGGAAAUUUAAUGAAAAUCCAUGCAGUGAAGAAGAAUCUAGCUGGAAAUCUGCAGAUGCAAAGGAUGGCAGUGGUUUCAAAAAUAACGUCACAUGCAAUUGCUCAUAUGCUAGUGCUACCGUCUGCCACGUCACCCACAUAAUUCUGAAGUCGCAGAGUUUGCCGGGAACACUGCCGCCGGAGCUCUUCAGGUUGCCUUAUCUGGAGGAACUCGAUCUCACUCGAAACUAUCUUAGCGGCGAAAUUCCUCCACAAUGGGGCUCUACGAACCUCAUCAAAAUUUCCCUGCUCGGAAAUCGGUUGACGGGUUCGGUUCCGGAAGAGAUUGGAAAUAUUUCUACUCUCAGAGAGUUGGUCCUAGAAAUGAAUCACUUGUCCGGAAGCUUGCCUCUAGCUCUUGGAAAAUUGUCGAACUUGGAAAGAUUACUUCUUGCCUCGAACAACUUCACCGGGGAGCUGCCGGAGUCUCUGGGAAUGCUUACCUCUCUAACCGGAUUCCGAAUCAGUGACAAUAACUUUGCAGGACCAAUACCCAGUUUCAUCCAGAAUUGGGCAAAUAUUAGUCUAAUAAUAAUUCAGGCAAGUGGGCUGAGUGGGCCUAUUCCUCCUGAAAUCGGACUUUUGAAAAACUUAACCGACCUGAGAAUAAGUGACUUGAAUGGAGCCUCAUCACCCUUUCCAUCGCUUAAUAAUUUGACUAAUAUGCAAAACCUAGUAUUGAGAAAUUGCAACAUAACCGGAGCCCUGCCUGACAAUUUCGGUGGGAUGGAAUCUUUGAAGCUUAUAGACCUCAGCUUUAACAAAAUAAGUGGGCGUAUCCCUCCCAGUUUCCAUAAUCUUGUCGGAGUGGAUAGAAUAUUUUUAACUGGAAACUUGCUAAAUGGAGAUGUUCCUCAGUGGAUGCAGACUGAAGGAUUGAACAUUGAUCUCUCUUAUAACAAAUUUUCACCAGUCUAUACGAGCUGUCAUUCACAACAUUUGAACCUGUUUGCAAGCUCUUCACUGGACAAUAAUUCUAACCAUGUAGCUUGUUUGGGGAAGAACUUCAUUUGUGAACAAGCUCAGUACCAUCUCCAGAUAAAUUGUGGUGGGGAGGACGUAAUCAUUAACGAUGUAUUGUUUGAAGGAGAUAAAGAUAAAGUCAACCCAUCAGAGUUUGUCUCAAGUAAAACAAAUUGGUUAGGCAGCAAUACUGGCAUGUUUUUGGACAAUGAGCGCAAAAACGACGAGCUUUUUGCUGUGAAUUCAUCUGCACUGUCUAUGAUAAAUUCCAAACUGUAUGAGACUGCUCGAGUGUCUCCUGUGUCUCUUACAUACUAUAUGUACUGCAUGGCAAUUGGAAACUACACGAUAAGCCUCCAUUUUGCAGAAAUAAUGUUUACUAAUGAUAAAAGUUAUCGCAGCCUUGGAAGACGUCUUUUUGAUGUUUAUGUGCAGGGAAGACGGGUGCUGAAGGAUUUUAAUAUUGCAGAUGCUGCAGGAGGUGUAGGUAAACCUUUCAUAAAAAAGAUUCCCAUUGCUAUUACUAGUGGUACUUUGGAGAUACGAUUUUUUUGGACUGGGAAGGGGACAACUGCUAUCCCUACGAGGGGAGUCUAUGGUCCUCUGAUUUCAGCCAUUUCAGUUGUUUCUGACUCUGAGCCUCCAUCAGAAGGUCGACAUACCUUACCUGCAGGUGCAAUUGUUGGAAUUUUGGCUGCAGUGGCCUUUGUUAUAAUUUUGGCUCUUGGAAUUUUAUGGUGGGGAGGUUGUCUUGGAAGAAAAAGUACAGAUCGACAAGAUUUGAAGGGUCUAAAUCUGCAAAUUGGUUCAUUUACAUUAAAGCAAAUCACAACUGCGACAAAUAACUUUGACAUUUCCAAUAAGAUAGGGGAAGGUGGUUUUGGGCCUGUUUAUAAGGGUCGCCUCUUGGAUGGCACCAUGAUUGCUGUUAAGCAACUUUCUUCAAAGUCAAAGCAAGGAAAACGAGAAUUUGUGAACGAGAUAGGCAUGAUAUCUUCUCUGCAACAUCCAUAUCUAGUAAAGCUUUAUGGAUGUUCUACAGAAGGAGAUCAACUUUUGCUAGUAUAUGAAUAUAUGGAAAAUAAUAGCCUCGCUCGGGCCCUAUUCGGACCUGAAGAAUGUCAAUUAGAAUUGGAUUGGCCAACACGGCAAAAAAUUUGUAUUGGUAUAGCCAAAGGUUUGGCUUUUCUUCAUGAGGAGUCAGGAUUGAAGAUUGUUCACCGAGAUAUCAAAGGUACUAAUGUACUGUUAGAUAAAAAUCUCAACCCCAAGAUAUCUGACUUUGGUUUGGCCAAGCUUGAUGAAGAAGAGAAUACCCACAUAAGCACUCGGGUAGCCGGAACGUUUGGAUAUAUUGCACCGGAAUAUGCAACACGCGGCUAUUUAACUGAUAAAGCAGAUGUUUAUAGCUUCGGUAUCGUGGCACUAGAGAUAGUUAGUGGGAGGAGCAACACUAUAUAUCGGUCAAAGGACAAGUGCCUUUAUCUUCUUGAUUGGGCACUUGUGGUGAAAGAGAAAGGCAGUUUAAUGGAGCUAGUUGAUCCAAGGUUAGGCUCCAACUUCGACCCAGAAGAGGCAAUUGCAAUGAUCAAUAUUGCUCUCCUCUGCACCAAUGUCUCUCCUUCGGCGAGACCUGCCAUGUCUGCGGUGGUGUGCAUGCUGGAAGGUAAGGCUGCUGUAGAGGAACUGGUUUCAAAUCCAGACGACCUAAGAAAAGAGAUGAGCGAAAUGUGGAACCUUAUGCAGCAGAAUGACAAGAAAACUGGCGGCAAGAACCAAGCAGAGAGUGCGUCAUCUAUCGACGUGCCAAGUUCUUGGACAUCGAUAACGAGUAGAGACUAGACUCUGAAACUGCAUAUGUAGCGUCUUGAAUAUGGUAUGUGGUAUGUAUAAGCUUUGAUUUUGUGAUGCGUAUCAUAUACUCAAUGGAAGGAGAUGUUAUGAUAUAUAUUUUAUUUGGAGGGAUUUAGUGGU